AUGGAGUACAGUGCUCAGUUCACGUUUCGGGAAGAGUGGGUGGAUGCCCGAUUGGCCUAUGGUCGCUUCGAAGAUGAGUCCACCGAGAUUAGCAAAGCUUCGAGAGCUUUCAACGACUCUUCUCAGGUGCCUCCGUUUGUCGUUUUGGCAACAAGCGAAAACGCAGACCAAUCGCAGCAAAUCUGGAUGCCAGACACUUUUUUCCAGAAUGAGAAGUGGGUUGUUUGUUGUUCUUCCGAUGCUAUCAAGGGGUCCUUAGGCGAUUUUGCGCAAUCGUGA